AUGCCGUCGCCUGUCCUGCAUCAGGAAAAGCGCAAGAGCGAGAGCUCCAGCGACCGUCCGCGCUCGUCUGGAAGCGACAACGACGAUGAAAUUCAACCCAUCGGCCGCAUGCCGUAUAACCACUUUCCCAGCUACCACAGUCGUUCGAGCACAUUGACACCUAAUGGCGAGUUGUCGUCUUUGGCAUAUACUCCUGGAACUCAAACACCCGAUUUCUACGACCGAACGGCUGCCGCAACCCCGGUCGAGGAGGAGAAGAAAGCAAGUCUCGCAGAGUUCAAGGCGGCCAAGGACUCGGCGGGCGCCGUCGGUUCCGGUGUUAUCAGCGACGAAAAGAAGCCUCGAGCCGACCAGCCCGCCAAGACCGCCGCCAACGGAUACCUCGACUAUGCCGAUGGUCUGCGUGGCAUCGCCAUGAUUCUCGUCUUCAACGGCCACUUUAUCGACAACACGUUCGUUGCAACUCACCCCGGCACCAUUCAGAACGGUACCCCCGUCGGCAUCCUCAGAAGUCCGAUCGGAUUGGUGCUCUUCUACAUGCUCUCGGGACGUCUGAACGCGACUUCGUACUUCCGCAACAAGGCUCUCGGUCGUCCUAUCAUCUGGAGCGUUGUGCCCGAGGCCAUGGUCCGCCGUGCUCUGCGUCUGCUCAUUGUUGGUGGUGCCUGGCUGGUGAUCCAGAAGGUCGAGUGUGGUACACACGCUUUUGACCAGACUGUGAUUGCCGAGGGUUGGCUGCAGAGCGGGAACCUCGGCUAUCCGCAGUGGUGCCAUGUCAACUUUGACAACCCCUCGCCGUUUGCAAGCAACUGGCAGAUCUCGACUAGCGUUGGUGAUAUUGUCGUUGGUUUGCUUCGCAUGGCUACCAACCGCGACUACCUGCAGCAGCUGCUCAACACGUCGAUGCUCUGGUCGAUCGUGCCGCAGCUGUGGGGUAUGCUGUCGGUGCUCAUGCUGCUGCCGAUUGUCAUGUACCUUCAGCCCUCGCGUCGGUUUGUGCUGUAUGCGCUGCUGCUGAUUUUCCAGGGAUAUACGUACAACCAGAACAUUCCGUUUACCGUGGGUGCCAUUGCUGCCGAUCUCAAGGCGUCGGGCUACAUCAAAAAGUUCAACCAGAAGUCGCGCAUUGCGUUUUUGACCACCGAGGUCGCGCUGGCUGCGUUCUUUGUCGCGGCGUUCUGCUACAACCCCAUCUUUAUCAAGAUCGACACGGGUCUGCAGAGCAUUACGGACCGCGAUGGGGUGUUGGGCUACAACAUCACCGAGUUUACGGCGGGUCGUAUGCCCAGUUAUCUGAUCAUGGCCGGGGUGUUGUACUUCUGGCUCGAGAUGAGCGUCGUGCUUCAGUGGCUGGUGGGUAACUGGGCGUUCAAGGCGCUGGGCCGUGUUGCGCUUGGGUUCUAUGUCUGCCAGAUGUCGAUCAUCUAUGGUAUCAUGCCUUACCUGGUGAUUCACUUCCGUGACCGUGGGUACACGUUCUGGAGCAACAUGUGGAGCACAUGGCUCAUCACGUUCUUCUCGGCCUAUGUGGUUGCCUGGCUCAUCUCGCACACGCUCGACAAGUGGGCCAUGUUGUUCUCCGACUGGUUCGCAAAGACCAUCAUCCGCGAGGAUACGGUCGAGACGUUGCGCGUGUCGGCGGUCAACACGUUCCGCGCGGUCGUGUUUGGGCCUCCUGCUGUGGCUAGGGCUACGCCAGGGUGGGUGAAGAACAAGUGGGCGCAGACCAAGCAUAUUGUGUGGAUGAUGUUCCACUGGAGGACGAUGGUGGAGGCGCCUGCGCCGCCGUCGCACCCGAUGGAGGUGGGCCUGCAGAUGAACCAGCUGCACUCGACGCUGUUUGAUGCCGAUAUCUCGGACGACGAGCAGGCGGUGAGGACGAGGUGGAUGCUGAGGGCGCUGUCGUUUUUGGCUCCUCUGCAGGUGGCAAUUAUCUUGGGGCUUGGGUUCAUCUGGAUGUGGUUCAACCCGUGGUCGAGCUACAUUCUGGAGGGCUUUGCCGAUUUCUCGACUGUCUGGCGUUUGCUUUGGGCGCUGGCGCUGCCGUAUUGUGUCAUCACCACGCUUGGUUUUGCUACGCCGGACAUUACCAGGACCACCGAGGAGCUCAAGAAGAAGCCCGUGGUGCGCGAGCACAUUCACCGUCUGUUUAUUGUGUCGGUCACGCGUGGAUCCAACCCGGAGACGACGAGGCGUGCGCAUUUGCACCUCAAGAAGCUCGAAAAGUACCAUCCUGCGGUGCGAUCGAUUGUGCUCACCGACGAGCCGUACUACUACCCGGAUCUGGACAACGUUAUGACGCCCAAGGCGUACAAGUCGCCGCAGGGUAAGGCCAAGCACAAGGCCAAGGCGCUGGACUACUUCCGUUCGCACAUGGGCCUUACUCCGUACGACUGGGUGCUGCACAUGGACGAGGAGUCGACCAUGGAUGCCGAGUCGCUGCGUGGCUGCUUUGACUUUAUUCGCUACAACACGGCACAUAUUGGUCAGGGCAUUAUCAUUUACAAUGGUAAGAGGGAGACAUACUGGAGGAACUGGUUCUUUGCGGUCGCCGAUUGCAUUCGUGUCGGGGACGAGCUGGCUAGGUUCUCACUUCAGGGCAACAUUAUCAAGCGACCCGUGUUUGGUGUUCAUGGUUCGUUCCUCAUGAUCAACGGUGACGUCGAGAACAAGGUAACCUGGGACUUUGGUUCGCUUGCGGAAGACUUUGAGUUUUCGCAGGCGGCCUGGGCUAAAGGGUUCACGUUGGGCCGUAUCCACGGUGUGGUGCGCGAGCAGUCGCCGGAAGGAUGGGGUGACUUUAUCAAGCAGCGUCGUCGUUGGUACAUGGGUAUCCGUGGUAUCGACGGUUUGUUCUUCUUGCCCCAGAUCGCCAUCAAGCUCUGGACGGCAGGUAUCUUCUGUCUGGUGGCGACGUUGAUCAACAUCCCGUUCUCGCUGCUCCUCGAGUGGUCCGGACCUACGCCGAGAUGGUUGUACGUCAUCUCGUGUUUCUGUUUCGGAAACUUCUACUGGCUCUACUACUCGGGUCUCUUCUUCUCCGAGCUCGACUACGGCUACAAGUGGUAUCAGAUGUGGCAGAUCCCUGUGCACGCGGUGGCGCUGUUGAUCUUGCAGCCUAUCAUGGCAUUUGUAGAAGGUAUGGCUGUCGUAUAUGCCAUGUCGACCGAGGAUGGAGAGGUUGGUUUCCAGGUCAUCAAGAAGUAA